CUCCGGAUUCUGCUCAUUCUACAAGAGGACCAAAACACCUUCGGAAACUACUUCAUGUGCUGCAGAUUGUACUCAUUCUGCUGUAACGACUCCCAGGAUUACAACAGGAACUUAAAAUUCACCCAAUCUGCUGAGGUUCCACCAAUCAAAUCCCAACCAGAGACACAAGAACCUGGUACCUCAGGCUGGAGCAGAACCAGAAGCCAGAACCAAGCCAGACCAGUAUCGGACCAAUAAUCCAGCCAGUCUCUGUAGAGUGGAUCAGACCAGACCAGGACAGACCAGAAGAGACCAGUAAAAGUCAGGCCGUUGGAAAAGUUUGAUGGGACUGCUGACGAUAGCCACAUGCCUCUGAGUCCGGCUGCUGACACCAAACAUGAUCGCCCGCGGCAACAGGCGGUUACUAACGGCAACCCGACAGGCUCUGCUGUUGCCAGGGACGACGACGUGGAUGACACGCCCCCUGGAAACAGCAUUGUCGUCCGCAUCGGCAUCCCGGACCUGCAGCAGACGAAGUGUUUGCGGUUGGACCCAGAGUUACCAGUUUGGACCAGUAAGCAGAGGGUUCUGGUGACGUUGACUCAGUCUCUGUCGGAUGUUUUGAACUAUGGUCUCUUCCAGCCGGCGUUCAACGGCCGAGCCGGAAAGUUUCUGGACGAGGAGCGACUGCUGAAGGAGUAUCCUCUUCCUCCCAUUACGCCCAUCCCAUACCUGGAGUUUCGUUAUAAAAGAAGAAUUUACACGCAGAGCUACGUGGACGACAAACAGCUGGCCAAGCUGCACACCAAGGCCAACCUGAAGCGCUUCAUGGAACAUGUUCAUCAGAAGAAUGUGGAGAAGGUUUCCAAAUGGUUGGAAAAGGGCCUGGACCCCAACUUCCAUGACUCUGACAGUGGGGAGUGUCCGCUGACUCUGGCGGUCCAGCUGGAGGAGAGCUGCGAGUUGAUUAAAGUCCUUCGGAGCGGAGGAGCUCACCUGGACUUCAGGACCAGAGACGGUAUCACGGCUCUGCAUCGAGCCGUCCUCUGCAGGAACAGCUCGUCUCUCACCACUCUGCUGGACCUCGGAGCGUCUCCUGACUACAAGGACAGCAGAGGUCUGACUCCCCUCUAUCACUCUGCCAUGGUGGGCGGCGCCCCCUACUGCUGUGAGCUGCUGCUGCAGGACCACGCCACCAUCGGGAUGACUGAUGAGAACGGAUGGCAGGAAAUCCACCAGGCAUGUCGCUUUGGAAACGUGCAGCACUUGGAGCACCUGCUGUUCUACGGCGCUGACAUGAGUUCCCAGAAUGCAUCAGGAAACACUGCACUGCACCUUUGUGCUCUGUACAACCAGGACAGCUGUGCCAGAGUGCUGCUGUUCAGAGGAGCAAAUAAAGACAUCAAAAACUACAACAACCAGACCGCCUUUCAGGUGGCGAUAAUUGCUGGGAACUUUGAUCUUGCAGAAAUCAUUAAGAUCCACAAAACCUCUGACGUUGUUCCCUUCAGAGAAACUCCAUCCUACACAAAGCGCCGCAGAGUCGGCCUCACCAGGACGACGGCUGGAAAUGGUCUGUCUUCUCCACGCUCUCUGAUUCGCUCGGCGAGUGACAACGCUCUGGAAAGCCCCGCCUCCUCUCCCGGCCCCUCCCUCCAAAGCCUGGAAACACAUCAUGACACGCACACACACUCACUACGACGACACACACGCCGGCUCAGCCCGAGUGGCGGAGGCCACGUGGAGACCAGCCCCCCGUCCUCCCCCCCUCUAACCCCCCAGAUGAGGAAGAGGAGGCUGUACAGCGCCGUACCGGGACGCACCUUCAUCGCCACCCGGUCCCACGUCCCCCAGGGGGCCGGAGAGAUCCAGCUGCACCGAGGAGAGCGGGUCAAAGUUCUGUCUAUCGGUGAAGGAGGAUUCUGGGAAGGAAGCGUUAAAGGAAGAACUGGCUGGUUUCCUGCUGACUGUGUUGAAGAAGUCCAGAUGAGACAAUAUGACCCACGACUGGAGACGCGGGAGGACCGCACCAAGAGACUGUUCAGACAUUAUACUGUAGGAUCGUAUGACAACUACACCUCCUACAGCGACUACGUGAUCGAGGAGAAGACAGCCGUGCUGCAGAAGAGAGAGAGCGAGGGAUUCGGCUUCGUCCUCAGAGGAGCUAAAGCUGAGACCCCCAUCGAGGAGUUUGCCCCCACCCCGGCGUUCCCCGCCCUGCAGUACCUGGAGUCCGUCGACCAGGGGGGAGUGGCCUGGCGGGCGGGGCUUCGGACCGGAGACUUCCUCAUAGAGGUGAACGGCGCUGACGUGGUGAAGGUGGGUCACCGGCAGGUCGUCUCUCUGAUCCGUCAGGGUGGAAGUCGGCUGCUGAUGAAGGUCGUAUCUGUUUCCAGAAAAUCAGAAUCCAACCUGAUCAGGAAGAAAGCUCCACCCCCUCCAAAACGAGCCCCCAGCACCUCGUUGACACUCCGAUCCAAGUCCAUGACCGCUGACCUGGAGGAGAUAGAGAAACUGGAUGAGAUGUUGGCCGGGGGUCAACAGGAAGUCGUUCUAAGGGCCCGCCCAUCAGACGACUUCAGAGCAGCGACGGUGAAGCAGAGACCGACGAGCCGACGCAUCACGCAGGCUGAGAUUAACUCCUUGUUUGAGCGUCAGGGUCUGGUGCCCCCCACCGCUCCAGAGAAGAGCACCAUGGCUUUACCUCGAGGGAUGUCCAGAACCAAGAGCUUUGGAACACCUGAGGACGACAGGAUCACGGCUCUGAUCAAUGAAAGUCGGUUUCCACGGAGCUCCUCACUGACAGACAGCUUCAUCCCCCCUCCUCCUCAAACAGCUCCACCCCCUCCUCCCUCCGCCUCCUCCACCUCCUCGCUCUUCCUCCUGGACUCCGGCCCUCCCCCCUCCUUCCUCCCCCCUCCUCCUCCUGCCAGAGGAGAGGGUCUAACCCGGUCAAGCUUCAAGCCCGGUGCUGAGCCGAGGCUCCAAGAGCUCUCUGAUUCACCGACGAGGAGCCACGCCCACGCCGAGCGCCAGAGGAAGGCGAGGUCGAUGAUCAUCCUGCAGGACACGCCGCCGCCGCUGCAGCCUGACGCGCACGCCGCUGCCACGCACACACUGCACACUGCCACACACACCGCCACACACACGCUUCACACCGCCACACACACCUCCACACUGUCUCUCCACAGCACCAGCCCCGCCCUCGGUCACUCGCCGCUGUCACGCCGCCGGGGGCGACCAAUAGAAAACCCUUAUGCUAACGUGGGACAACAGGCUGCGCCCUCCAAGCCGCAGAGGAGGAAGUCACCUUUGUUGAAACAACUUCCUGUUGAGGAGCAGGGACUUGGAAUGAAAGAUCACGAUCCAACCAAAUUAGAGCCACCCAGCAGCCCCAGCAGGGCGGAGCUGUACCAGCAGCAGGUUCUUUCGGAGCGCGCUCGGGUUCAGGGUCGCAGGUCGUCUCUCUUCCUGUCUGUGGAGGGAGCCGGGUCAGAAAACCAGGUGCCACCCCUCCUGACUCAGAGCCAUUCAAUGGACGACCUUGGCGAGCUUCCUCCUCCGGCGCCAGUCCUGUCGCCCUCACCAACUCCUCACACCUUCCUCCACCCACUGACAGGAAAACCUUUAGACCCCUCAUCUCCACUCGCCCUCGCUCUUGCUGCACGAGAACGAGCGCUCACUGCUCGCACGCCGAGCCCCGAGCCUCGACUGAAACAUGUAUCUGCCUCCACCACACCUAUCCCCACCCCAGCUGCCAGCCCAGAGGGCAGACACAAGCGAACCCCUAUUACCACCCCACAGAGCAGCCCUGAGCCACGAUCUAAACGCACCACCCCUCAGACAAGCCCAGAGCAGCGAACCAAACGCACCACUCCCCAGACCAGUCCUGAGCUGAGGCAUAAACGCAUAACCCCGCCCUUGUUCCCUGAUGGACAGGUGGAGCGUCCAGAAACAGAGGGAGGAGUAACAUCACCUGCCGGCCCCUCACCUGAGCGCUGGAGACCCACCCCCUUGCCCACGCUGGCCAAUGAGAGUCACUCUGCUCUGAUUGACAGGCGCAGAAGCCUCACCGUGGGCAGCUCAGAGGAGGAGGGCGGGGCUUACACAGUGACACUCCCACCAGCAUUGUUGUCAUCCAGUGAUGAGGAGACGAGGGAGGAGCUCCGUAGAAUUGGUCUGGUAACUCCACCCCCUGCAUUUGGUGCUACUCCUGCCCCUCCUCCCCCAUCUUCCCUCACCUUGUUGCCACGACGAGGUGGGGAAGGAGGGGGAGGAGAGAGUGGUCCUGACUCUCUGGGUAGACGAGGAGAUGAGGAGGAAGGAGGCGAUGAACGGCUCCACGACAGCUCCUCCUCACCCAGCUCGCUCCCCCCUUCUAUCACCUUGGCCUCCCCUCCUGCUCCGUCUUCCCCUUCCUCCCCUCCUGCUGCUCACCCUUCCCCUUCCUCCCCUGCCACCUCCCCGAUUGCUCUUAAGCCACGCCUCCGUUCACCUAUUGGUCGGGGCCGCUCUUCACUCCGGGACCCGCUGCUGAAGCAAUCCUCAGACAGUGAGCUCCUCCCGUCUGCUGCGUCCUCUUCCUCCCCUUCUUCCCCACUCUGUUCCUCCCCCACCAGCGGCGGUGGCCGACAGCCGCGCUAUCUGUUCCAGAGGAGGUCCAAGCUGUGGGGAGGUGGGGACGACCGUGGGGAGGAGCGGCGAGGCCUCAGUCCGGAGGAAGGGGGAGGUCGUCCAGCAGCACUGGGAGGUCAGGGGUCAGGGUCGGCCGUGGAUCUGACCAGCCGGUCAGCAUCAGCGCUGGAGCUGAGCGGCAGGGCAGGUUCUGGUCUGGAUCUUGCUAAUCGGCUCCAGCUGCUCAACAAAGACAGUCACUCUCUGGGGGAGGAGCCGAGUCCCCUCGAUCCGGGCCGGAGAUCACCAGUAGGAGGUGCCAGAUGUGUGGACAGUGGACAGAGUAAAUCGUUGUUCUCUAGUCUUGGUGAACUCCACACAAUCUCCCAGCGAGGAUAUGGUGCCAGUUAUACAGUCCGACCAGGAAGCCGCUACCCCGUCACUCGCCGGAGCCCCUCCCCCUCUCCCUCCCCAUCUGAUAGGUCAAUAGGGCUUGCUUCCUCCUGCUCUGAAAGGCCAGAUCUGAGCUCGGGUCGCGGUCUAACCAUCCUGAAGUCGUCCAGUCUCAGUCUCCCCUCAGAACCGAAGGAGGUUCGGUUUGUGAUGCGAAGUGCCAGUGCACGAACCAGGUCCCGUUCACCCUCACCUUCACCCCACGCCUCUCCCUGCCCCUCCCCGGUCCUCAGCGGGCCCCUGUUGGCCCUUCGGCCAUGGAGGCAGCGGCCCCUCAACUUGUGGAAUAAAUAUGACGUGGGUGACUGGCUGGAGAGCGUGGGCCUGGCCGAGCACCGCCAGCGCUUCCAGGAGCACGAGAUCGAAGGCUCCCAUCUCCCCGCCCUCACCAAAGACGACUACGUGGAGCUGGGCGUCACCAGACUGGGACACCGAAUCAACAUCGAGAGGGCACUCAGACAGCUGCUGGAUGGUUCCACUUGACCCCUCACCUCUGACCACUAACCUCUAGGCAUCCUGAACUGUGACCUCAUAACCCCUGACCUCUAGUCAGACACUAGGCCAUCUAUUUGACUAGAAUAUCUUAGCAGUGACUGAAUCUUUAGACCUUUUUACCAACGUGGAGCCCAGCUCUCUGAGUGAUCUCGGUGACGUUUUGGCUUAUCAGCUCUUUGAUCAACCCAAAAGGACUGGUAGCACUAAGGUCUGUGUCGAGCAUUUAGCUUUAGUGUUUAUGUUUUUAGCAGUUUAGACCUCCAAGUUUUAGUUUGGCCUUCGUCUGAUGCCACAAAACCCUCAACCAAAUUUGUCAUUCAAUAGCAAAAAGAGAACAAUUGAAUGAAAAGUCCAGUGAGCGUUACGUUAGCUGCUGCUGUCACAACACAGUCAACCAGGCGGGAGCUGAUGCUGAUGCUAAUUGUGGCUGAUUGCUGCCGUGGAUCCAACAUUUCCUCUGUAGUUUAAAGCCGUUUGAUGUGACAGGGCUUUCCUAACAAUGGUAACUAGCAUGUCCGUCAUUUCCAAUAGAGAGAGCGCGGCAUGCAAGAUGUUACAAGCACAUUUUCGUAUUUCAGAAGCUGUAAGCAGCAAGUUUUUGGAUUUCAAUCGAUUAUUAAAAUUAUUUUCAAAUUUCAGUUAGCUAUCUCUGACUGAUUAACAGGCUAAUCUGUUAGAUGGAGUUGAUAAACUCCAUCUAACAGAUUAAGAGGGUCUGCACCAAGUUUCUCUUGUUAACAUUCUGUGCUAGCUGGUGAAAUAGCUGUUUUAAAUAAUGACGUACGGUAGCUGCUAAACAAAUAACUUUCUUUUUCUGUGUGUUUUGAUGUGGUUCACCAGAAAACACCUGAGAGGCAUCGUGUUCUACAGUAUUACGUUAGCAUGUGGCUUACUGAGCUAAUUAGCGCCAGACACAGAGCUUUACUGCCAGUCCCAGCAGGUGACGGGUCAUUGAUCAAAGAGCUGAUCUGACAAACUGAUUGAUGAGACGGGUUGUUGUCCUCGUGCCGUUCUGCUUCCCCGAUGAGUUUAGCUGGACUUUUGCUAGCAGAGCUGGAUGAUUAGCGAGCUACUGGGAGUCUCUACCUUAACAACACGAGAUUAGCUGAGGAUUUUUCUCCGACCUUUUACAGAAAGUUCUUGUGACUUUUUUUUGUUUUGUUUUUCAAAUAUCACUCAUGAAGAAUUUGUGUUUAUUUUGAGUUCAUAUCUUAAUACCGAUCAUUUAGAAUUUAUGAAUAACAAGUAAUAAUGUGGUGGUGACGACUUAUCAGAGUUUCUAAUAGUUUGGAAAAUGAUUUUGAGUUCCUUAUGAUUUGACAAUGAGUUGAAUUUCAAGGUCGUUUCGGUGAUGUUUUGGAAUUCAUAAUGAUUUGUCAAUGAGUGUGACUUUGUGCUGAUGUGCUGUGUGUUUCAGGGAGAGCUGCAGCAGAGCUCCAACUGUAAACCUCUCUGGUUUCUAACCUGCUUACUGAGGGCUUACUGUACAUGGUGCUAUCUGUUUAAAGCCAUUUGUACAGAAAAUACCUUUCUCCUUCCCCUCCUACACCUUCCUGACACUGACACCUGAAUCUCUUAGGUUAACCCCAAUCUAGUGUGGCUGUACCUGCCACAACCGUCCUGCAGUAAUGGUAACUCACCAGGAACAGGCCAUAUAUGGAGUUUCCUCCCUGCCAUAGUGGGAAUAUCUUCCCUGCCAUACACGGAGUUUCCUCCAGACCAUAUAUGGAGUUUACAACAGAUUAUAAACGGAGUUGCCCAAUUACAGUUUAGUGUGCCUCGUGUGUCACAAAAUUUGUGUUUAUGAGUAAAGAUGCGGUCAAACCGAAAUGCAUUCCUCAAUCAUCUCAACAAAAGAAGACUGAUCCAGCCUAACAAAUGAUUCAAACUGACUGAACCCAUGAAAUCACAAGUUUCUCUAGUAUCCAAUUCCAACAGAAAACAUCACUCAUAUUCUUAAAUAUCACUGCACAGUGAAAUUCUACAGAUCAGACGAGGAAUGCUGCUUUUCUUCAGUUAAACAGGUUGAUGACAGUAAAUUCAGGCUGGAUUUUAUAACCAAGAUUCUUCUUCAAGCUUGGAGACAAUUUAAAUGUUUUUUUGUUUGUUUUUUACCUUAAACGCAUAAAGAUGAAAACAUGAUGGAAAUAAUAUAUUUCAUAGGUCUUGAACAUAAAACCCUGAUUCCAGAAAAGUUUGGACACUGACAUAAAUAAAACAGAAUGUGAUCAUUUGUUAACCCUCUCUGACAGAAACUCACCUGAAAACAGCACAAAGUCAAUAUUUU